CUCCACAUUCCCUCAGAGCCAUACCAGAACACAACUUUGCCACAUCCACAUCCUGAGAAACAACAUGAGUGUAGAAAUCCUUGAUGGCAAGACCGUCCAGAGCUUCGUCGAGGACGAAGGCGCCUUUAACUCAUCGGUGGAUGGGCGGUUUGCGGCCCUCGACACCAACCAUGAUGGCCUGCUGUCAUACUCCGAGAUGGCCCAGGAGCUGAUGAGCCUCAGGGUUCUUGAGAAGCACUUUGGCGUUGACGAGUCCGCCAUGAGCCGUGGUGAGCUUGUCGAGCUUUACCGUGGUCUGUUUGCGAGGUUCGACCGAGACGGCAAUGGCACGGUGGACCUUGAGGAGUUCCGGGCUGAGAUGAAGGAGGUGAUGCUCGCUGUGGCUAACGGGCUCGGCUUCCUGCCGGUGCAGAUGGUGGUCGAGGAAGGCAGCUUUCUGAAGGUGGCUGUGGACCGGGAGCUGGCCAAAGCAACUUGAAGAAACUGCUUGGAACGACUUUUCAGAAUCAGGAGGCUGCAUGUUCACGAAUUGUAACUUUUAUACUGCCAAUUUUGUUGUGUUACAACUAUACCGGUGCUAGUUAUUUGUACUUAAUAAGUGAAACAGAAGCCACAGCAUCAGUUUAAUUGACAAAAUGACAAGCUAGUUAUGUAAAGGGAAAUGUUGUGAAUCUAUGUUUGUGGAUGCCUACAUGAGAAAUAUCAAACUAGCAGUUUUAGAA